AUGACCAGGCGCAUCCUCCUCAAGACCGACACCCGCAUCCUGCCUAUCCUCGCACUAUUGUUCUUGUGCUCUUUUUUAGACAGGACAAAUGUCGGCAACGCAAAGAUUAUUGGUCUCGUAGAGGACCUGGACAUGACCAACCUGCAGUACAAUCAGGGUCUGGCUGUGUUCUAUGCGACAUACAUAGCAAGUGAACUCCCCUCCAACCUCAUCCUGAAGCGCCUCACCCCGCGACUAUGGCUCGCCUUCCUCACCUGCGCCUGGGGCAUCGUCACCAUGUGCCUCGGAUUUGUCCGCAGCUACGGCAGUUUCGUCGCCGUCCGCGCCGUACUGGGCAUCACCGAGGGCGGCCUGCUACCCGGCAUGGUCCUGUACCUGUCAGGCUUGUACACGAGAGGCGAGAUGGCCCUGCGAAUCGGCAUCUUCUACACGGCUGCCUCGCUGUCUGGCGCCUUUGGAGGCCUUCUCGCCCGUGGCUUGUCGGCCAUCGGGCCACGGGGCGGCCUUGAGGGCUGGCGGUGGAUUUUUAUCAUUGAGGGCUUGCUUACUGUGGUCUGUGGCCUGGUUGCGCUGGUGUUCUUGUCCAGUAACCUCGCCACGGCGUCGUUCCUUACGGUCGAGGAGCAGGAGUUUGCUGUGAGGAGAUUGUCGGGGGAUUUGUCACCGGAGGAGAGGUUCCACACCGAAAGUGAGAGACAAGAAAAGUUUCGAUGGUCAGAGGUGAGAAGAGGAGUUUUCAACAUCCAGGUGUGGCUUACUGCAACUGCGUACUUUGCUAUCCUGGCAGGCUUGUACUCUUUUGGCCUUUUUCUCCCGACGAUCAUCAAUGGGCUGGGCAUCACAUCCAACUCUAACGAGACUCAACUCUGGAGCGUCAUACCUUAUGCUGUCGCUACACCAGUCACUGUUCUCAUUGCAUUUAUUUCGGAUCGCAUGAAGAUCAGGGGUGUCAUCAUGCUCUUCACCCUCCCUAUCGCCAUCAUAGGCUACGCAGCCAUCGCCAACAUCACAUCAUCCGAGGCCAAGUUUGGCAUGACCUGUCUGAUGGCUAUUGGCAUGUACUCAAGCGUGCCUUGCGUUCUCGUCUGGAACUCAAACAACUCAGCCGGCCACUAUAAGCGCGCCACCACGUCGGCCUUGCAGCUGGCGGUGGCCAAUGCCGGCGGGUUUGUAGCAACAUUUGUCUAUCCCAGCGAUGAGGGCCCUCUCUACCACAAGGGCCACAGCAUCAUCCUCGGCCUAUUGUGCUAUGCUUGGGUUGCAGUGCUUGCGAACGUGUUGUACUGUAUCAAGAUCAACAAGGACAAGCGAAACGGAAAGUACUCUCACUUUGAGGGAUCUGGAGACGAUCGGGACCCCAACUUUGUAAUGGUCUUGUAG